UCCAAGCUGAGUGAUGAUGCUCGGCGGCCGAGUCACCACUAGGGCCCAAAGAACGAGAGUGCGGCGGCGCGGGGAACGGCGCGGACUGAGUCCAGGGCCAUUAGAGAGAGAGCUUAUCUCUCUUUGCCCUCUAACAGGACUCAAGUGUCCGCUCCCAAGGGACGUCCCCCCUCUUGCGCUCCUGCUCCACCUCACUGUCCCUUCCUUCGGCUCUCCCCAGCUGGCAAACCCGUGCUGAAAAGGCGGGGGCGCGCUGCGCGCCGCACCGGCUAACCAAGAACACAGUCCUGAACACGGUCCCACCUGUGCCUAACCUAGCAGGAAGACUGUAACCGUGGGACUCGACCUGCCCACUUGAGCAACAUGAAGAUUUCGUUCAUAGAGCCCGCCAUUCUCCUUAAUGCGUUUGCUAUGACUCUGACCAUCCCGCUGACAGCGCAGUACGUGUACCGGAGGAUAUGGGAAGAAACCGGUAACUACACCUUUGCUUCUGAUAGCAAUGCCUCUGAAUGUGAGCAAAACAAAAGCGACCCCAUCUUUGCUUUCCGGGAGGAAGUUCAGAAAAAGGCAUCUCUCUUCAGCCUGCAGAUGGAAAUGAGUGGCUUAGUUCCGGGUCUGGUGUCUACCUUCAUGCUUUUGUCGAGCAGUGACAACCACGGACGGAAGCUUCCCAUGGUCCUGUCCUCGCUUGGCUCUCUGGGAACCAACGGUUGGCUGUGCGCGAUGUCCUACUUUGACCUUCCUCUCCAGCUUCUGGUCGCAUCCACCUUCGUUGGCGCCCUCUUUGGGAAUUACACCACCUUCUGGGGAGCUUGCUUCGCCUACAUUGUAGAUCAGCAGAAAGAAUAUAGGCAAAGAAUCAUCCGGAUAGCCAUCCUGGAUUUUAUGCUCGGCGUCGUUGCUGGGCUAACAGGCCUGGCAUCCGGUUAUUUUAUCCGAGAACUGGGUUUCGUGUGGUCCUAUUUCAUUAUUGCCGUAGUAAUUGCAGUCAGCCUGGCCUACAUUUUAUUUUUCCUCAGUGAUCCCAUAAAGGAGUCAUCUCAGACUGUCACUAUGUCCUGUAUCGAAAGCCUCAAGGAUCUGUUUUACCGGACUUACAUGCUUUUUAAAAAUGGCUCCGGCAAGCGGCAGUCUUUGCUCUGUCUGCUGAUUUUUACCCUUGUCGUCUAUUUUUUUGUGAUUUUCGGCAUCUCCCCGAUUUUUACACUUUAUGAGCUGGGCCCUCCGCUCUGCUGGAAUGAGGUCUACAUAGGCUAUGGUUCCGCUUUGGGUAGUGUCUCCUUUGUGAGUAGUUUCCUAGGCAUAUGGCUGUUUUCUUAUUGUUUGAAGGAUAUUCACAUUGCCUUCGUUGGCAUCUUCACCACCAUGUUAGGGAUGAUGCUGGCUGCGUUCACCAAGACCACUCUGAUGAUGCUUUUAGUCAGGAUUCCAUUCUUUUUCACCAUCAUGCCGCUUUCCGUCCUGAGGUCCAUGAUGUCAAAGGUGGUCCACUCGACUGAGCAAGGUGCACUGUUUGCUUGCAUAGCUUUCUUAGAAACACUUGGUGGGGUUAUGUCAACUACUGCGUAUAACGGGAUCUAUUCAGCCACUGUUGCCUGGUGUCCUGGCUUCAUCUUUCUGCUGUCUGCCGGCCUCCUGGUCCUCCCAGCCAUCAGCCUAUGUGGUGUCCAGUGCAUUGGCUGGGAAGAGGGAAGCUACACACUGCUCAUUCACGAAGAGCCCAGAGAGCACACAUCAGACUAGUGACAGCCAGCAGCAGUGCGCACGACCCUAUGCUCGACUCCUGAAGAAUAUGAACUCCACAAUCAGUAUUUCAAUAGCAAGCCACGGGACAAAAUCCUGUCUCCUAAACCAAGUGAGUUGGGAGGAAGAAUCCAGUUCUGCUUGUGUGGCCACCCAGCAGCACACUGUGGUCUUCAAAGAACAGGCCCCAGUACUGUCCACACUUCUCCAGGGACCAGACAAACACCGUGGAGAGCAGAGGAAGGCUUGGGAAACCUUGCUUAAAAGCAAUAACUUCACUGCCAUACUCUAAUCUCUCAUGUGGAGAUUAAGGAGUUUUGACCUCAGUCUCUCUGUCAACACAAUGGGCUCGCUUGGCCACUCAGGGAUUUUGAAGACAUAAUAAGGAAUUUUUAUUUGGAAUAAUCACUGAUAUGGAAAUAAUGUUUCAGGCAUUUCUAGUUCUUCCUGUACUUGACUGCUGUCUUAAGAGCCUGUCAAGGCUCUACUAAUGGAAUGAAAAAUCCUUGAACAGAAGCUCCUUUUAAAAUAUGCGUUUUUCACUUUUCCUAGUAUUUAAUUCAGUGACAAGCCUGAUGGUGUUUUUAUAUGUAAUGAAGGGAGUGGGUAGAAAAUCAGAUUAUAAAUAAAAUUGUCUUAGAUUUGAAAACUGA